GGCAGAUUUACACCAAAGCAGCUGAGGAGUCUGAAAUACCUACUUGAAGCAAACAGAAGCUGACUUUCUUUCUUUCUUGAAACCUGGAGUCAGGAUCUGUUUAGCCGAACAGUGAUGAUGUCCCAGUACGCAGCUUUGAGCAGCCUGCUGGCUGAUGACCCGUUCCUCAGUCAGGAGGGAAUCCUCUGGCCGCUGCGUCAUGAAGCUCUGUCCUCCCUGCAGCAGAACUUCUUCAGCCGGAGAGCCGGCCUGGCUGAGAGCCUCCUCAGGGAGCUCCAUGCUGGACCACAGCUGCUCAAACUGGCCCAGUUUCCUGUCAUUUCCUCCACACUGAAAAGACUGAGUGAAGACAGAGAGCAGCAGACAGAGGCAGUCAGCACAGAGCUGCACCGAGAUGCACAGCAGACCAGCGACAACGGCGACCUUCUGGUGACCCUAGAUGCCCGGGGUUAUGCCCCCGGGGACAUCACUGUCAAACUGGAAGGCCGAAGUCUGGCGGUGGUGGCCAUGAAGCAGGCCGGAGCAGAGGAGAGCCAGUCCUGCUCCUCCUCCUCUUCCUCCUCCUCUUUCUCCUCCUCGGCUUCAUCCCACAUGGGAUUCAUGCAGAGAAUAGAUCUGCCCGCUCACCUGGACCUGUCAGGUCUCUCCUGCUCUCUAAUGGACGGCGGACAGCUUCGGAUCCACGCCCCCGUGGCCCGGCAGCCAAUCAGCGAGGAGCCGCAGGUGCCCAUCCGCUACAGGACAUCGCUGGAAUUCCCCAUUAAAAAUGAAGACACAGAGCAGGAGCAUAAAGACUGAGGCUACAGACACAAAGUGGAACACGCUUCUAAUGACAUCCACAAAAGGACUAAACUAUGAGUCAAGUUUAAAUUGAUAUCUCGAAAGCUUAUUUUAAAUAUAUUUUGUAAUAUUUUGAAAGUGUUAAAAUUAAAAUAAAUGACGAAAAUCAAAUGUGUUAAA